AUGAAUGCAGGAAAUAUCACUGCCGCUCGGACUGUGCAACAAGCCGCCCAGGACAACGACCUGGCCACAUUAAGGCAACAACUUGAGGCCGGCGCCCCCCUACCCCAUUCAUUCAUCGAUCCUGAGAGAGGAGUAUGGCAUACGCCGUUCAGCUGGGCAGCAGCUCAUGGCAACCUAGAGGCCUGCAAAUUACUAAUCCGUCAUGACGCUGAUCCGCACCAGCGCUCAGAAGACGGCCUGUCAGCACUGGACGAAGCAGUGUCAGGGGCCACGCACAUGUCAUUGACACUUGGAUUUGACCAUCGCCAGCCAAUUCACUGUGCAUGUACGGUGGACGAUGAAGCAUCGGCAAUUGCCUGUUUGGAGGUACUGCUCCGCCUGGGGGCUCAUGUUAAUGCCAAGGACGCUGACGAGCAAACUCCGCUGCAUCUUGCAGCUAGCAGAAGCUCACAAAUGACAAAUCUGCUCCUUGCUGCAGGGGCGGAUGUCCAUGUAAGGAAUUAUGCCCGCGAGACACCACUAUUCCUUGCUGCUGCUGCGGCUAGAGGAGAUAUCAUGCAGGCAGUGUUUUCUGCGGGAGCAGAGACCCAAAUUCGAAAUGAGUUUGACUCGAGCCCCGUGCACUAUGCAGCGUUUGGUGGUUCAGUAGAGUGUCUACAAUUGCUGCUCAAGAGCAAAGAUGACCUCCAAGUCCUGUCAAGAACUAAAGGUACCGCCCUUCAUUAUGCUGCGGAAAAUGGCCAGACAGAGAUGGUGCGGUCCUUGCUAUGCAAUGGGCUUGACGCUGGCGCCACAAGCAUCUAUAAAUGGGCUCCUUUACAUUUCGCAGCCCAGUGGAAUCAUAUAGACGUGGUGGGAGACCUGCUGAAUGCAGGCGUAGACCCCAAUGCUGCGACCGUACAGGGAUUUACUCCCCUUCAUCAAGCAGCGGCUUUUUGUGCUCCCGAAGGCCAGGAACCUCAAAGGUCAGCAGCUCUAGUUGAACUCCUCCUGGAGCAUAAUGCAAAUGUUUCUGCCGUCGCCUCAACAUCAGUGUUGAAUACGAAAAGUUGGAAUUACCUCGAGACUCCACAUCAAAGCGAACUUCACCAGCAUGAGAUCCAUGUGGAGCUAGCCUCAGACUCAAAUGAUGUGUUCAGAACAACUCCCAUUUUCUGUGCAAUUACCUUCGAUAAAAUGCAUGAAGCAACUUUGCUUGUUGCUCACGGCGCAAACUUGAAUGCGCAGGAUGGAUUCGGCGCCACGCCUUUACACCGUGCCUGUUUUGUAGAUGAGAGUGUGGUUCAAUGGCUUCUUCAGCAGGGGGUCGACAUGGAUAUAUCUGACGACCAAGGAACAACAGGCCGGCAAGCCUUGUUCAAGGCCUUUGGAGAGGAAAAGGCGAGGGAGAUAUUGAUAGCAUGUGGGAAGAUGAAGACGUGA